UUUUGUGAUUAUUGUCGUGACGUUGGUCUGACUUUCUCUCCCUGUCGCGCGCGCGCGCGCGCGCUCUCCCUCUACCUUCUCGUGCCCGCGCACGUAUUUUCAGGGGUUCGCUUGAUUGAGGCUGCUGCAGCUCUCGUCCCACCGACGCGUUUGUUUGCGCUUCAAGAUUCACCUGUAAACACGAGCCAGGGCACUUUUUAUCAACAUUUACCCCCACUUUGACGUCUUCACUCCCGGGAUAUUUUUAUUAUUAUUUUUUUUUGUGAAGGGGGUGAAUCGGGGAAGGUUCCAUUUUUUUUUUCACGUUUUAAAAUUAUCGAGAAGGAUAUUUUACUGGAGGAGGACUGCUACAUUUUUUUUUUACCCCCCCGGUGGAGGACGCCCCGCACGGGAGAAGACUCGAGAUCCACUCACCACUCAGGGAUGAGGCACCCCUAAUCUUUCACUCUCUGAAGACUUCAAGGCUCGACUGAACAUGUGACCAGUGGAUGGACUCCCGAAAUAGAUGAUUUGAAACCGCCAACCAUCGCCCCCACCCCACCCCCAAUCUAGAUUGGAAGAUGACUCGCUCAUGGGGCUCAGCUAGCUUCACCCCUCGGCUCCUCCCGCCCUCCCUCGUCAACCAGUAGAAGCCUGCUCACUUUUGGAAUACGUCACCCUUUUGAGUUGCCCCCCCUCCCAAAAUGGAGCCUCGAUCGAACCCCCGGUUCAAACCGGUCGUCUUUGUCUUGCUGGCCAUGUCAUCCUCUUGCCUCCUUCCCGUCGCCCGGCCGCAGCGACUCCCCGUCGACCCCCAGGCCGCGCCGGAGUACGCCCACUCCGUCCGACUGGACGGCGACAUCAUCUUGGGCGGCUUGUUCCCGAUACACUCGCGAGGCGACCGCGGCACGCCUUGCGGGGACCUCAAGAAAGAAAAGGGCAUCCACCGCCUGGAGGCCAUGAUGUUCGCCAUCGACCUGAUCAACAAGGACCCCGAGUUGCUGCCCAACAUCACGCUGGGGGCGCGGAUCUUGGAUACUUGCUCCAGGGACACGUACGCUCUGGAGCAGUCGCUGACCUUCGUGCAGGCCCUGAUCGAGAGGGACGGCUCGGACGUGCGCUGCGCCAACGGCGACCCGCCCAUCUUCACCAAGCCGGAUAAAAUCGUGGGCGUGAUCGGCGCGGCGGCCAGCUCCGUGUCCAUCAUGGUGGCCAACAUCCUGCGCCUCUUUAAGAUCCCGCAGAUCAGCUACGCGUCCACGGCCCCCGAGCUGAGCGACAAUACCCGCUACGACUUCUUCUCCCGCGUGGUGCCGCCGGACUCCUACCAGGCGCAGGCCAUGAUGGACAUCGUGACGGCCAUGGAGUGGAACUACGUGUCCACGCUGGCCUCGGAGGGCAACUACGGCGAGAGCGGCGUGGAGGCGUUUGUCCAGAUCUCCCGAGAAACCGGUAGGGAACCGCGAUUGGCCCGUCGGGCGAUGGUUUUUGCAUUCCGGGUCAAAGUCGAUCCGCUCGACGCAUAUUUGCUGUGGAGCUUGAAGGGUUGUCACACAAAAAAAGGAUGCGAUCGAAAUGCCGUUUGA